AUGAAAAUAAAAUAUGAAGAAGAAUCUAAUCAAUAUCAUGUAACAGUUUUUUGCAUUUUUCAGAAGAUGUUGGAAGAUCUAUUGUACGAAGUGCUCCCAGUAGUUGGUUUUGCUAUGAUUGCAUGUACAGCUCUUGUGAUGAUCGUGAUGAGAAAAAAUACAAAGGAUGCAUUGAUUUUCUGUCUUUUCUUUGCAGUUUCAGAUCUUUUAUCAGGAAUUGGAACUUUGAUUGAUGGAUUCUACGGAGUAAUGAUUACAAUUUAUGGGAAUACUGUUGAGACAAUUUCCCCAUUCGAUUGUUUGACUCGUGCUGUAAAUAUUCCAAUAUUUCUUAUCACUGAUUAUCUUCAUAUUCUUCUUCUUUCCGCAUUUUCCAUCGACCGUCUGAUUCAGAUUAUGUUUCCAGUGUCAUAUGGAAAAAUCUAUCCGUAUUUCCUAAACUGGAAGCUUUUCAUGCUUUUGUUAUUUGCAUCUGCCGGUCUAUCCGUACCAGGAUUAGCUUUCCCAUUAGAGUCUCGUUUCAACACUUCUGUCCGCGUAAUGAGCCAGUGUCGAUUUGAUGAAGUCGUUGGUGAGGAAUACUACCUGAAACAUAUCCUAACUGUACAAUGGGGACCGAUUGUGUGCAUUGGAGCGCUUUCUCUGACUAUUAUUUUGUAUUGCAUCCGACAGACAAAACACAAAUGGAGCUACAACUGGUCAGAGGAGACAAGCACCACUAAACAGCUUUUUGGAACAAUAUUUAUCCGUUGUUUUCUAUCCGGGCUAUCCGUACAUGUUCCACUUCUUUUGAUUGCUCGUACUACAGAGGGACAUGAAUUAAUUGCAAUCAAGGAUCAUAUUAUUCGAGUAUCCUAUUGGAUUAUUGUCAUUAUUUUCCAACCACUUUGGCAUGUUCUCAUUCUCAAUGCCUUCCAAUCUAAUGUCUAUUCUCUUUUCAACCGAUAUUCAGCCAAUACAGAGAGAAAAUGGCAGAGUGCAAAUGAUCCACCAGAAGACGUUCCGGCUCAUUUGGAUAGACAUGGCUCGCCCAAUCCAUUUGGAUCUUGGUAUUCGAUGACAGGAAACAUCACUGGAGAAGCUGGAGUACCCGUUGGAAAUGAGCGAUCUGUCAGCUUCUACUAUCAAGAUUAA